GCUCCUCCGAAUUCUUCUGCUCUCGACCGGGCGAGACGGCAGCUCUGCUCGUUCGCCAUGGCAGCUCUGCCGGCUUGGCCGUCGGCGGUCGCUCCGCACGCCGUCGGCGCCACGGGGCUCCAUGGGGCACUCGAGAGAUGGCGGGGGAGGAGCUAUUGGACACCCUCAAGGAGCUCUCACCUUCCGUGUGCUUACCGUCCCCAUGCCCUGCUUGUGGCUUCACCGGCCGGAGCGGCCUGUCUCGCUCUGGUCUGCGCGAGUCUCGCCAGUUUGAGACGGUCCAAGGGCUCCUUGGACCGAAGACGACGGCGCUGCGCAUGCGCCGCACUGCCCAAGCUUCCGCCCGUGGAAGGCCGCGCGGAGCAGUCGCCCUUGGCCUUCUCCGACAUGGCGAAUUGGCUAUCACCUGGCACUCUGAUGGUGGGCCGCUAUCCCAUGCUUGAGAAGAACAAGGACGCUUGCCGGAGGCAUCUCCGACGGCUGGUCACGGAGGCAAAGAUCUCCACGUUCGUGUGCGUGCAGAGCGAGGUGCCCUCGCAGCUGGACAUGAAACGAUGGCCUCCGGGCGGGGUGGACGUCCGAAGACGCAGGUGUCUCCCCUAUGCCCCGCUGGCGCGGCAGUUCGCAAAGCACAAGCUGCACUUCCUGCACGAGCCGAUGGAAGACCUCGCCACGCCUGGUCACGAACGUUUGGAGACCUUGAGCCAGGACUUGGAGGCGCGAGCGCAUAAAGGCGAACGGAUCUUGGUGCAUUGCAUGGGAGGUCGUGGCCGCAGCAACCUGGUGGCAGGCACGGCCGCGCGCGGCCGCACGGCCGCGCGGCCGUUAAGGCUGCGUCUUGGCGCGGCUCUACGGCCUUCCGGCGGAGGAGGUCCUACAACGGCUUCAGUUUGGCUACGAUGCCAGGAACUACGACAACUGCCUGGUACCUGAGACCUCGCGGCAACGAGAGCUGCUGAUGAGCUUCUGCCACCGCGCCGCUGAUGGCUGAGCUAAAAUAUCGGAGUUCGAUUGAGUCUCUUUAUGGAGCAAGGAAUUCGAGGGAAGUCGAGUCUGGACUUGGCCCUUCGACCACUCGACCCAG